GAGCGCAGGCGCCCCACAUUCCCAGCAGGUGCGGCGUCGCAUCCGGAAAAGAGCAGAAGAGGACAUAAUGAUGGCGACGGAGGCAGAGGAGAUUUCUCAAACCAGUCCCUAUCCCAUGUCUGACAGCAAUGUCUCCACUCUGUCCAUCAAAAUCACGCGGAAAAACCAGGAUAGACCCUGGAAAUUGAGAUUUAUUUACCUGCAGUGCUAUUUCUUAUCCAUUGCAACCAUUCUGGGAACAGGCAUAUUGGGUCUUCCUGUGACGAUAGCUCACGCCGGGCUCCUCCCCUUCCUGGUCUCCUUCCUCAUCGGCUUCCUGGUACAGGCUCUGCUCAUCUACCUGUUUGUUGACCUGCUCCAGAGAUGCCAGGCGGUCCAGAUGGAGAAUUUCAAGGUGUGCGAGUCGGGGAGGACUGAGAUGGAGGACGUGGUCCUGGAGGAAGCUGCUGCCCCUUCCCCCGAAGAAGAGGAGGAGGAAGGGGAGGAGAGCGAGGAAGCAGACACGGGCCUACUUCAGAGGGUCGCAGCCCCUCUGAGGGGAGAGGAGAGGCUGCAGCCUAACCUCCAUGUCCUGGGCGUGCUCUUUCUCAGCAGACCCAUGAGCCACGCCUUCAACUUCAUCCUGCUCUUCCAGUUCGUGUCUAUAGGCAUCAGCUAUGUGCUUGCAGGCAGUGAGGCCUAUGCUUCCCUUCUCCAGGUCAGCCAUAUCUACGUCAUCCCCGCUUUUACCUGGACACUGUCUCUGGGGAUCCUAUUGGCUCAGGCAAUCAUCCAGCCAAUCACGUCUCUGCUGACCUUCCUGAAGGGACUCAUGCUGAUUGUCACGGUGGCGGUGACAUUUGCCGUGGGGUCGGAAGUUCACCUGAAGAGCACCAACGACUUCCGACAAAUUGGCAAACCUUUCUUAAUGGGCACCGUGGCGCUGGGAGGCAUCGUCAACGUCAUGCCCCUCCUCUUCUCCCAGAUAUCCCACAACAGGACUCAGAUCCUGUGGUUCAGGAGGGCCGUGCUGGGGGGCCUGGCGACCUGCACUCUGCUCAACGUGCUGUGGUGCUGGGCGGUGCUGGAGAUAGUCCCCCAGACGUCAGUCAGAAGAAGCUCGGUGAUGGAGACCAUGAGGAACAUGAGCGCAGUCCCUCUCUGGGCUUGAUCCUGGGCAGUCUGCCCUCCUCUACUCCAACAUCUCUCUUGAAGAGUCGGAGAAAGCAGGAGAAAUCGCUACAAUACCUCUCACAAAGAUCAUCAUUCUGAAGUACACAGAUUACGCCUGGGUGGCAGAGCUGAUCCAGGUGUUUGUGGCUGUCAGUGUCACUGUGUCCU